AUGGGAGCUGGGGUCCGGCGGGCCGCCCUGUGGGGCGUCGUGCUGCUCCUCCCGCUCGGCCUGGGCCGGUGCUCCCCGGGGGGCCCGAGCUGCGCCCCCGGCCGCCGGCUGCUCGGGACCGGGACGGACGCGCGCUGCUGCGGCUCCUGCGCCCCCGAGGCCUGUCCUGUAGGAGCCUGCGAGUGUGUCCAGCCUGAGUUCCACUGUGGGAACCCGGAGUGCACCACCUGCCAGCACUACCCCUGCCCGCCCGGCCAGGGGGUGAAGGCCCACGGGAAACUCCUGUUCGGCUUCGAGUGUGUCGACUGUGCCGCAGGGACCUUCUCCGGGAACAGAGAGGGCCGCUGCAAGCCUUGGACAGAGUGCUCCCAGCCCGGGCUGCGCUCCGUGUUCCCCGGGAACAGGACGCAUGAUGCAGUGUGCAGCCUGGUGCUGCCGUCCACUGAGAUGCACUGCUCGCUGCCCAUCCUGCUCCUCAUCGUGGCCGCCUGCAUCCUGGCCCUGAGCGUGGUCCACCUCGGCCUGCACAUCUGGCAGCUGAGAAGGCAGCGAGUGUGGUCCCCAGAGACCCAGCUGCUUCUGGAGGCGCCGCCGCCAGCCGAGGACGCCUGCAGCUGCCAGUUCCCUGAGGAGGAGCGGGGGGAGCAGCUGUCCGAAGACAAGAGCCAGCUGGGGGACCUGUGAGUGUGAGGCCUGGCCACCUUCCGGCACAGCGGACCCUACGCCAGACCCUCCCAGGACCUCGCCCACAGCUGGCCCUUGGGAGCAAGGGCUCUGUGCCUUACUGAGG